AUGAAGCCAACCAACAAGGAGCGGAAGGUCACGAUCUGCGCCUCACUGUUGUCCGCCAACGGGAUCAACGUCAGCUUGUCCUCCGACAACACUUUUGAAGGCUGGCUCGGGUCUAAUUCUUUGUGCGCCAGGGUUCCGGAGCAUGAGCUCGGCGGCGCCGGCCGGCCAGCUUUCUCCCCCGGCGUCACGUCCCCUCCAGCCUCCGCGCGCUCCUCAAUAAUCUUCUCGGCCUGCUUCUCCCCCACCUGCUCGCUCGCCGUCCCCCAUCCUGCGCGUCAGUUGGCCCUGACUGUCUUCCACUAG